AUCUGGCACAAAUGGACAGCAGGGAGGGAGAAGGAGGAGGCAGGACAGGCAGGGGAGGGAGAGGCAGGAGAGGAGGGGCAGGGGGGGAGACAGGAGCAGGAAGGAGGGGCAGGGAGGGAGAGGCAGGACAGAGGAGACAGCAGGAAGAGGAGAAGAGAGAGCAGGACAGCAGGGAGGGAGAGAGCAGGCAGGGGAGGGGCAGGGAAGAGGGAGGCAGGGAGGGAGAGAGGCAGGACAGCAGGGAGGGAGAGAGGCAGGACAGCCAGGGAGGGGAGAGGCAGGAAGAGGGGGGAGAGGGCAGGGGGGAGGAGGCAGGACAGCGGGGGGGAGGGGGGGGGGAGGGGAGGGGGGGGCAGGGGGGGGGGGGGGGGGGGGAGGAGGCAGGACAGCGGGGGGAGGAGGAGGCAGGGGGGGAGAGGGGGGGGGGAGGGGAGGCAGGGCAGGGGAGGGAGAGGGGCAGGGGGGGGAGGGGGGGGGGGGAGAGGCGGCAGGGAGGGAGAGAGGCAGGACAGGGGGGGGGGGGGGGGGGGAGAGAGGCAGGGCAGGGAGGGGGAGGGCAGGGACAGGCAGGGAGGGAGAGAGGCAGGGAGGAGGAGAGAGCAGGACAGCAGGGAGGGAGAGGAGGAGGACAGCAGGGAGGGGAGAGGCAGGACGGCGGGAGGGAGAGGGCAGGAUAACAGGGAGGGAGAGAGGCAGGACAGCAGG